AUGGCUAUGCCCAAACUGGCACCAGUUCUCAAAAAUAUCAGCCCUUAUAAUGAUUCUGACAUUAAUUGGGUUCAUAAUGGAAAUCUUUUCAUUAAGUAUGUUGUAUUUUUUGUUCAAAAGGUAAAUGAGCAGCUGAAGAAAGUACAUUUUGUGGAUGCAUUUGGAGAGGUAGUGUUCUUUGACAAGAACGGAGACCCCCCUGCUUCAUACGAAGUCAUAAACUGGCAGCUGAGAGAAGGACAAGUGCAGCAUAUUUCAGUUGGCCAUUUCAGCACCUCUGCAAAUGGAAAAUAUGAACUUGUGAUUAAUGAAGACAAGAUUAUCUGGAGCACAGGAAAUUUGGUAACUCCAAAAGCUGUUUGCUCUGAAAUCUGUCCACAAGGCACAAGGAAAGCACAAAUUAAAGGUCUACCUCUGUGCUGCUUUGACUGUAUCCCAUGUGCUGAUGGCUCUAUAUCAAAUACAACAGGAGCAACAGACUGUAUCAACUGUCCUGAAGAGUACUGGUCUAAUGAAAGAAAAGAUAACUGCAUCAUGAAAAUAACAGAGUUUCUAUCAUACACUGAAACAAUGGGGAUUAUUCUCAUGGCCCUCUCCCUACUGGGUACCUGUUUAACAUUUUCUACUAUGGUGGUGUUCAUACACUUUAGAGACACACCAAUAGUGAAAGCAAAUAAUUCAGAGCUGAGCUUACUUUUACUUCUUUCUCUUAUAUUUUGCUUCCUCUGUCCUCUCACAUUCAUCGGUGAGCUAACAGUCUGGUCAUGCAUGUUGCGUCACACAGCAUUUGGCAUUGCCUUUGCCCUCUGCAUUUCCUGUAUGCUGGGGAAAACUACAGUUGUGGUAACUGCCUUCAGAGCAACAUUACCAGGGAACAAUGUGGCAGAAAAGUUUGGACCACCUCAACAAAGGGCCAUUGUGUGUUCAUGCACUGCCGUUCAAAUAGUUAUUUGUAUUCUGUGGCUAAAUGUUGCUCCACCAUUCCCAGAUAAAGUCUUUGAGCAGCGCAGUAAAAAAAUUAUUUUAGAAUGUAACACGGGCUCAGAUGCUGCAUUUUAUGCCGUUCUAGGGUACAUUGGCCUUCUUGCCAUAGUUUGCUUGGUCCUGGCCUUUUUAGCCAGAAAGCUACCUGAUAAUUUUAAUGAAGCCAAAUUCAUCACAUUUAGUUUGCUUAUAUUCUGUGCAGUUUGGAUCACCUUCAUUCCAGCUUAUGUCAGCUCUCCUGGAAAGUAUACAGUAGCAGUAGAAAUAUUUGCAAUUCUGUCUUCAGCUUUUGGCCUACUCUUAUGCAUUUUUGUGCCUAAAUGUUACAUCAUUUUAAUCAAACCAGAGAGAAAUACAAGAAAACAUGUAAUGGGGAAAAAUCCCAAAAGUUAA